AUGGAAUGUGCCAAAAGGAUGUGGGGAAGAAGUGAGCAGGACUUUAUCAGGUACACGUGGAUGAUUUCUGAUGGGGACUCGAAAGCAUAUAAUGCUAUAUGGAGCAUUUAUGGUGCCUGUGACACUUGUCACCAUUAUGAAAAUCUUCAAAACAGUGACCAAGAGUAUGUUACCUGGAAAGCAUCAGAAGGUUUUGAGAAGUGGGAAGAGGAUCACCUAGCUGGAACUGCAGGCUGUGACAAGGUCAUGAAAUUAGACUGCAUUGGACACGUUCAAAAGCGGCUCUGGAAAGCACUUUAUGAAUUUCAAAAAUCCUCAGUGAAACUGAAGGAUGUAAAACCAAUUUAUGGAAGAAAUGGAAGACUGAAAAGGCUGCAAUCGAGAAACUGAAAAAGAAUUAUGGCAAGGCAAUUCGUAACAAUGUAAACAGAGAAAUUACAACCACUGAAGAGAGGGACCAAGCUGUGCAGUCUAUGAAAACUGAGAUUCUGGAUGGAUUGUUCCACUGCCUGAAGCUGCCCAAUGAGAAAGGCACCAGUCUUGUCAAGAUUUAUGACAGGCUCACAGAUUCUGCCCUUCUUGCUAGAUGCUAGCCUGGUUAUACUCUGAGUGCUAUCGAGUCCAUCAACUCCCUGGUGUGGAACAAAUGUCCUAAACACAAGUGGCACUGCAAAAGGAGAGUGCAGUUGGCUGCUUCUUCAGCUGCCUUAUAUUUCAGUGGCGGUGCUUCCACAAAGCACGCCGUCAUGGAGAAGGUUGGGCUCACUGUGAGUGAUAAUGCCAAGAUGGAAGCCAGGAGAAGGGAUUCAGAGAGAGUUAAACAGGCAGAGAAGAGAGUGCAACACCAGCACAAGAAAUACAGAGUUGCUAGGUGA